AUGGAGGCCAAGGUAGCGGCGGUGCGGGCCGACUACGACGCGAAGGUGGCAGAGCUGAUGGCGGAUCUCGAGGCGACCAGGGGCGAGAAGGAACAAAUCGACAGCGAGUUGAUCUUCCUUAAGGCGUCUAGCCGAACAGAGCGGCUCGAUUGGAACAAGGAGCGCAAGGCGUUGAACAGGAAGGUCGCCGAGGCGGAUGCUCGUGCCCGCGAGGCAGCGGACGGGAUUGCGAGCGCGGAGGAGGAGCGGGACGCGAGGAAAACGGCCGAGCAGGAGGCGGAGACCCGAUCCGGCGAGGUGCGGGUGCUGGAGACAAGGCUCAAGGCCGCCCUGGAAGCGGCGGCUCGCGCGGAAGACAGCGCGGCUGCCUCCAUCGAGGACGUCUCGAAGAUCACGGCGGAGGUGCGCGAGUCUCGGGCGGGGCAGCGGCACGCGGAGCUCUGGUUGGAGAAGAGCCUGGCGGAGGUGGACGCGGUCCACGCCGUGCUGGCCUACGAGCGCUCCGCCGCGGCCGCCGCGGCCGCCGCGGCCGCCGCGGCCGUCGCCGCCGCGUCACACGACGCCCCGGCGCAGCAGAAGCAGCAGCAGCAGCAGGCGCCAUACCUGGUGGACCAUUCGAUGCAAACCCCUGACCCGACCCCGAAACUCCGCCCGCACUCGCACCCCCCGUCCCCGGCGUACGGCGGCGGCAGCGGUGCUAAUGGCAGCAUGUGUAAUCCAGAGGUAGCAGUAGGUCCUACGGCGCAAACGCCCACCCCGGAGUCGCCGACGUCUAUAUUGGCGGGUCUCGGUGGUGGGGACGGCGGUCCUGCUGCUGCUGCUGCUGCGGGGGCGGCGGCGGCGGCGGCGGCGGCGCCCCCGCUGCCUGCUGCGAUUCCCCGCGACGCCGCCGACUUCGCCGAUACGGAGCCGGGACGACAGCGGCGUGCGGACGCCGGACCUGGACGUGACCAGGCGGAGGCGAGGGCGGCCGAGCUCGAAGUGGCGUCCGCCGCGGCUACGGCGGCGGCGGCGGCGGCGGCGGCGGCGGCGGCGGCGGCGGCCACAAUCGAGGCGGAAGAAACCGCCCCUUUUUCUCCGCUCCUCGGGGUGGACAAGGGCAACCUCGGUGGUGGCCGUGUCGGUGUCGGUGUCGGUGACGGAGGCGUUGUUCGUCCGUGCGACGAGCAGGCCCACGGGAGCGCCGGUGGCGUGCCCACGGCUGGCAACGACGACGGGCAACAGCAGCAGAAGCAGCCCUACCCCGACUGGUUCGCGCAUUACGCCAGGGUGGGCCAAGAGAAGCAGGAAGCGGAGAUCUUGAGGCUUGUCAGGGACGCGCGCGAGAAGAUGGUUUCCGGCGGCGGCGGGGGGGGGGGUCAGGGCUGCGGCGGCAAGCCCGCAUCGGCUAGUGGUGGUGGACCGCUUGGUGUUGAAUCGAGGUAG